UUGAAAUGUUUUUUGUAACAAAGCUCAGUUCUACAGCAGUGAGGGCUGAGUGGAAUUUAAUUCAUAGAGCUAGUCAUUAUACUGUCUAUUAUGAGUCAACCAGUAGCUCCUCAAGAAAGAAGAGACAAGUAGAGACAGGAAUGAAAGUAUUUCCAGGUGGUACUACUGAAGGUCUAAUAGGAGGAUUAGAUCCUAAUCUGAACUACUUGUUCUCUAUAUCUAUAUCAUAUACUGUUAAUGGGAUUGUUUAUGAAGGAGAGAGGACUCAACCAAUACCACCAGCUGAUAUACCAACAUCUACAUCAGAUGCUGCUAAUGGAAGCUCAGCUAUUUUCAUAGCUAUUGGGGCAGUUGUGUGCAUACUAGUGUUAAUAGUGAUAAUAGCUAUCAUUGUAGUAGUUAUUGUAUUAAAAAAAAGAAGAAGCAGUAAAAAUAUUGACAUAGUUUCUAAAAAUACUUCGGCAAAUAAACCUGAAGCUACUGUAUACUAUAGUACAUGCAAAAAUAAUAAUAAUGAUGCAGGAUAUGAAGAAAUUGGAUUAGAAAGAAUUGAAGAGGCAACUUACAGUGCAGUAAUGAAACCUAAAAAGCCAGUGAUAGAAGAGUUCCCUAGUAAUAUGACAACUGAGGAAGGUUGUCAGGUUCUUUUGAAAGUUAAAGUUAAAGAAACAUCAAAACCAUCUUUUAAUUGGUAUCAUAAUGGAGAGCCAGUGACUGAUGAUUAUGCUCAUGAGCUGAGAGGAGAUGGUAGUCUACUGCUAGUGAGUGUUGAGGAGAAACAUGAAGGAACAUAUCGUUUUGUUGCUAAUAAUGAUGCUGGAACAGUUAGUCAACAAGUUGUACUCACAGUUGCAGUAGAAGGGGCCAGGAUGUCAAGUAAUGGUACCUCAGCUGGCAAAAGUGGUAAAAACUUAAUACCAGUGAGACAGUUUGGAAAAUUUGUAGCUAAUGGACAUGCUAAAGGGAAGGAGGAAUUUAAGACCCAGUUUACGAUGUUGGACAGUGGUGAAAGUGAACAUUCAGCAACAGUUGGUCUUAGUUCAAGCAAUAAACUGUUGAAUCGUUUUGCAAACAUUGUAGUCUAUGAUGACAAUCGUAUUAUACUAAGACCAAUAUCAGGCCAUAAAGAUUGUCCACAUGAGUACAUUAAUGCAUGCUAUGUUGAUGGUUACUCCAGUGAUUAUCAAUACAUAGCAACACAAGGACCAAUGUCAAAAACACUUGUUGAUUUUUGGUGUCUAGUUUGGCAGGAGAGGCCACCUGUUAUUGUAAUGGUUACUAAUCAUCAGUACAUAUUCAUCAAUGAUGCUGUUCUUGAGUUUGUAAUGUGUGGUAAUACUCAAAUUGAUAGUUGGCAGGCUCGCUCGAUGAUUGGAAAGCUGAGUGAACAGGAUCCAGAAACUGGUCAAACUGGUUAUGAAGAACAAUUUACAGUAUUGCAGCAGGUAACACAAAAACCAGAUGAAGUGACACAUAAUAUUGCAUCACAGAAUAAAGACAAGAACAGAUCAACUCAAUUCCUACCACCUGAUAAUUACAGAGUACCCCUUAAAGGAGAGCAUCCAGAUUACAUCAAUGCAGUUUUUAUUAAUGGUUACAAAGAAAAGAAAGCAUUCAUAAUUGCAGAGAGUCCAAUGUUUAAUACAGCUAGAAACUUCUGGAAGAUGAUUGAUGAUAGAAAUGUGACUGCUAUUGUAAUGCUAUGCCAUGAAAAUGAACUUAAACAGCAGGCAUGUUAUCAGUACUGGCCUUCAUCAGGCUCUGUGGUAAUUGGAGAAUAUUUUAUUGAGCUGGAAAAUGAGACUAGAAACAACGGAUAUAUUGAAAGGACUUUUGAAAUUAAAAAUUCUAAUAAGACUGCUAUUAGACUGAGUGUAGUACAGUAUCAGAUAACAAACUGGGAUUCAACUGGAGAAGUGAAGAAUCCUCAGACUAUUUUAAUGAUAAUGGAAGAAAUGUACAGAACACAAAGGAAAAGAGGAAACACAAGCAUUGUAGUACACUGCAGUGAUACAGUUGGUCGUUCAGCAAUGUUUUGUGCAGCUGCUACAACAAUUAAUAAAUGUAAAACUGAAGGAGUCAUUGAUGUAUUUCAAGUACUCAAAAGUCAACGUAUUCAAAAACCAGGCAGUGUACAGACUGUUACACAAUAUGAAGGAAUAUGUCAAAUUGUUUUGGCUUAUUUGGAUUCUUUUCAAACAUAUUCAAACUUCAAUGCCUAAAAUAAUACACGCUACAACACAAAAAAAUUAUUAUUAUUGUUUAUACCACACAAUUAUUGUAGUUAGAGUUUUGUACUUAUGCAAUACAAUUGAGGUGCUAAUUUUAUUUCCAUUUUUGACAAUUA